GGCUUUGCUAUUGCCAUCGCAGCGCAACCACUCGCAGUUACAUCCAGCACUGUACCGCCUCGACUCACCCCCUAUUCUCAUCACUCGACCACCUGCGACUCCCUCCAGUCCGUCCGUCUUUCCUUGCCUUCUGCAUCGCCGCGCCCGCUUCCGCUACCCCUCCUACACCCGCCGCCACUUUCGGAAGCCGUCAUCAUGGCCGACUCCGCGUUCAAGACCAAGACGAUGAAGAGGAAGAAUGUCAAAGGACUCGCCCUCAGCGCCCCUCCCCCGAAACCGGCGCCCUCUGCUGGCGAUGCACAGGCACCAGGCGGUUUAGGUCAAGACGAUAACCGCCCUGAUACAUUGGAAAUUGGUGUCGAGUUUCGCUUGGAUUUGAAGGCUGAGGAUCUCAUUGUGCUGCGUGAACUUGGCUCGGGUAACGGUGGAACCGUGAGCAAGGUGCAGCAUGCUGCGACAAAGGUUGUCAUGGCGCGGAAGAUCAUCCACGUGGAAGCCAAGAAUGAGGUGCGGAAGCGCAUCGUCCGUGAACUGCGCAUUAUGCAUGACUGCAAUUCGGAGCAGAUUGUAGCUUUCUAUGGCGCCUUCCAAAACGACACAGGAGACGUCAUAAUGUGCAUGGAAUACAUGGACGUCGGAUCCCUUGAUUGGGUAUCCAAAACAUUUGGUCCCGUCCGCGUCGACGUUUUGGGCAAGAUCGCAGAAGCCGUGCUAGGUGGUUUGGCUUAUUUGUACUCGGCCCACAAGAUUAUGCAUCGAGAUCUGAAACCAUCCAACGUGCUCGUCAACUCGAAAGGGCAGAUCAAACUGUGCGAUUUCGGUGUAUCUAGUGAGCUCGAAGGCUCCAUCGCCGAGACCUUUGUGGGUACUGGUACAUACAUGGCGCCGGAGCGGAUACAGGGAUCGCCUUACACUGUCAAGUCGGAUGUUUGGAGUGUUGGCUUGACUUUGAUGGAAUUGGCGAUCGGAAAGUUCCCCUUUGGCGGCGGCGAGGACGAUGGGGACGGUCCUGGCGGCCCUCAGGGUAUUCUCGAUCUCCUAUCACAGAUUGUCCUGGAACCACCGCCAAAACUGCCCAAGAGUGACGCUUUCCCUCCUAUUCUGGAGGAAAUGAUAGCGAACUGCCUGAUGAAAGAACCCGCUGAGCGACCAACUCCCAAGGAGCUUUAUGACCACGACGCAUUCCUCCAAGCUGCGAAACGAACGCCUGUUGACCUCGAGGCAUGGGCCAUCAGCAUGAUUGAGCACAACAAAAGAAAGUCGUAUCUGGCUCCGUCUGUACCAUCAUCUACGGUCCGAGAAAAGCUACGGGAACGGUCACCCCCUUCAGCGAAGACAGUCGACGUCGAACACAAGCACUCGUCAUCAAAUGGGUCAAUAAGCGGCGCUCCACCACGGCCUGCAUACCCCUCUCGAACGUCAAGUACACCUGGCGGGGGGCAGCAAAAUAUGUUGUCGCUACCAAUCCGUCCCGCACCACCUGCCGGCUCUCCCCAGAUUCGAGCGCCGCCGUCUGGAGGAGGUCUCCCUGCUGCCCCGAAUCGAUGGAACAACGAAAGUUGA